GUGUGUGUCCAUACACAGGGCUAUGUGUGUCCAUGUCCAGGUGUGUGUUUUGGAAUGUCUGUGGCACCACGUCUGUCCGUGUCUGUUGGCCCCGAGGCUGCCUCUGUGGCUUCCAGAGCUGCCCUCUGGUUCCUUCACCACUGACAGUUUCACAAAGCUAUGGCAGAUGAAAUCUUUUCUUACACAUAUCUGUAAGAGGGUUGUGUACAUGUUGUGUGCAGUGUCAUUGCAAGAAAUUAUCACCUUCCUGUUGAAGCAGUUGUUUGACUUUUAUCCCAUUGGCACUCAUUUUUACAAGCCAGGUUCAACGAGGACCCAGCACAGUUUGCGAGCUGCCUCUGGGCUCUGCUACCUGUUCUUCUUGUCCUUACAUUUCUGUUCUUUCAGGGUGAGGCAUUCCUGCUCUUUCAGAGGGUGAUGCCUCCCCCCAGACUGUGCCUAGGGAACAUCAGUGCUGCCAUGUCCCACAGGCUAACAGUGAAAGCACUGCUCCUCAGGGUGUUGCUGGGGCAUUAGCUUGUUUCUUCUGGCCUUGGACAGCAGCCAAGCUUGUUCUAAUUCUGCAUCAAUCAAACUUCUAUUUACCAUUUACCAAUUCAAUCCGUGGCAGGGUUUACGAAGAGCUCCUUAUAGUCACACCACAAGCUAGUUUAAUUGCCAAGCUCAAGAGGUGACAUGCCUUUUUUGUCCCUGGCCCUGGCCCUGACACGUUUUCUCUGCUGCCCUUUGUCCACUUGCUUUUAUCCCAUUGACACUUGGUUUCACAACCAGGUUCGAUGAGAGCCUGUCACAGUUUGUGAGCUAUCUCUGGGCUCUGCUUCUGGCUCAGCUCUCCCUGCCCCAGUUUUCUUCUUCACUUGUAAAGCUUCCCACUAAGGCACCUUGAAAUCUGCAUUAGGCAUAGGCAUUUACAUUUAUAUCUUUUAAAGUUAAUAUUGGUCUUUAUUCUGAUGGUGCGUAAUUGCUCCAUUCCCUGCUGAGACAUUGGCUGGAAAGAUUUACCUAGGAGGAGAAGCCUCUGUGACAUCUGUCAUGCUGCAUUUCUGUGCUCUCUGCCUCCAAAGCUUUCAGUAACAUACAUGUAAUAUUUCCUACCAUCUUGCUGUGAUUAUGAACUCUUUCCAGCCACUCUGGACUGGGGCAGGAGCUUUCAUUGUGCACCCGUAUUCUUUUUCAGAGCCAUCUUUCCUCCUCUCCUUGUCCCAGCUGCCUUGUGGUGCCGCCAGUGCCUGCCUGCCUGGCAAGUCAGAGCAUGUCUGGACCCUGUGGAUGAGAUGCAGAAGAUGGCAGAGCUGCUGAGGCUCAGGGAUGAGUGCAGGGAGGGGACUUCAGGGACUGCCCUCGUUGGCUCCUGCCUUGCAGACAACAGACUGAACCUGGAUGUUUAUCCUGAUGGCUGCCACCGUUUCCUCCAGCUGUUCAAGAAGCAACAGGGAGAGGUGGUCCAGGUUGAGUUCCUCCGGCUCAGCAGCAAUGAUUGCCUCCUUGACAUCACACUGGGAAGUCUUCCUCAUCUGAAGCACCUGAAAUCCCUGGUGCUUAAAGGUGGCCAUGCUAGGGAUGAGUUUGGUUCCUAUCAGCGUGGCUCCCUGACAAACUUGCCGCCAGACUUUGGGAAUCUCAGGUGUCUCACCCACCUGGAUCUCAGCUUCAAUAGACUCUCCACCUUGCCAAGCUGCAUUCUCCACCUUCCCAGCCUCCGUGUGCUCCUGGUGAGUCACAACAGUCUGGUGACACUUCCUGAGGACUUUGGCUGUCUGAGCAAACUGACUUUCUUCUCAGCGAUGAAAAAUCAGCUAAAAGGCUUACCUCAGAGCAUUGGGGAGCUGUCAAUGCUGCAGGAUCUGGAUCUCUCAGAAAAUGCUUUGGAAUUGCUCCCUGAAGAAGUUGGGAAUCUGCACAACUGCACAGAACUGGAUCUCUCUGGGAAUCGCUUACUGAGCAUCCCAGACUCCCUAGCCAAUUUGAAGUCUCUGCGUCGGCUGCAUCUCCACAGCAAUCUCCUGGUGACGGUCCCUGCCUCGCUUGCCAGCCUGCCCAACUUGUCCAGACUUGAUCUGCAGAACAACUGCCUCCGUGCCAUCCCUGCUGAGAUCCAGACCUUGCCAUUUGUGCACGUCCGAGGCAAUCCCUUGGGAGAAACUGAACCGUCCCCGCAGGCUGAUAAAUCCAGUACCAGAAGGCUAAAAGAACUCAUCCUUGCAUCAGGAGAGGGCAGCUUUACUGUCACCUCUGAAGGCCGCAGAGUGGUCCUGGCCUGUGGCAUCCAUUUCUACUUUCCGCCGGGGGCCACCUCUGAUCCUCUGCGGAUCUGCUUCCGAUCCCUCAUGCCGGAUCCUCAGUGGGUAAAGCUUAGACACCACGAUGUCCUGCUGAGUCGAGUCCUGGAGCUGCAGCCUCAUGGGGUCCAAUUCCAGCAGGAGGUGCAGAUCUCUAUGCCAUGUAUCUCACCUCAAACACCUCACCAGCAUGAGGUGGUAGUUCGGACCUUCAGUGGGCAGAGCUGGAGUGAUCUGAAAACAAGAGUGAAGCGGAAGAGAAAAUCAAAGAAGUGUGUGGCUCACUGUUGUGUCCUUCACUUCUCUUGGUUCCUUGUCGUGUCUCGACUUGUGCAAAAUGAAUGCAAAGUGCCAGCUGAGGGGACAUUGCUCUUUUCCAGUGUGGAUCCAAACAUCAAAGUGAUCUUUCCUCCUGGAGUCACCAAAGAGCCUCGUAGUGUCAAGCUGCAGGUGCUGCCAGUCUCUGCAGAAGAGAUACAGGAAAUCACAGCCAAUGCAGGGUGCAAAGCCAGUCCCCUGCUCUACCUCUCCCAGGACUCCACGGUGGAUUUUCUCAAGCCAGUGAGAAUUCAGCUGCCUCUUCCACCUGGGGUCACAGGGCUAAAUUUGGAUCGGUCAAGACUGCAUAUUCUCCAUGGUGACCUGGAGGGCCAAACCUGGAAUGAUAUUACCAGUGAUGUGGUGCUGGAAUUCACCCAUCUUUAUGCAGUGUUUGAAGUCACUCACUUCUCCUGGUACUGGCUGUGGUACACCACCAAGACCUACAUUGGAGGCAUUGCCAAGAAGGUCUAUGAGCGGCUGCGUCUGUACCAGGUGAACUUCAUUGCACUGCAGAGGAAGAAUGAUCCUGAGCAAGUCCUGCUACAGUGUGUCCCCAAGCACAAGGUUGACCCAGUGCUGAAGAAGCUGCAGAACCGCUAUCGAGGACCUGAGCCAUCCGACAUGGUGGAGAUGUUUGAGGGAGAGCAAUUUUUUGCAGCUUUUGAGCGAGGCAUCAGCAUUGAUAUGGAUCGUCCUGACUGCGUGGAUGGACGUCUCUCAUUUAUUUUUUACUCCCACUUGAAGAACAUGAAGGAAAUCUAUGUGACCUCCCCUGUGGACAGAAAAGGCCAAGCUGUAAAAGGCCAGGUCUCUUUCUACCGAGGGGCAGUUCCAGACAGCAUCCCUGAAGAUGCCAGCAGGAGGAGAAAAGGUCCAGACUCCCUCUGGCUUGCUACUCUGCCCAUCAAACUGCCUCAACUGAAACCCCGCUGGGAUGAGAACCCCUGUUCCCUACGUGGCUUCUCCUUCCCUCCCUUGAACUUGGGCAAUGCUGAGACUGGGUACCUGACACAGGCAAACCUGCUGAACAUUGCCAGGCGCGUGGGAGCUGACUGGCAGAGCAUCGGCCUCAACCUGGGCCUGACCUACCAGCAGAUUGAGCGCAUAGGAUACAAUAACAGAGAGGACCUCAAUAAGCAGAUCCUGGACAUGCUUUUCUCGUGGGCUCAGCAGAACUCAGAGGAUCCUGACUGUGUGAGCAAGCUGAUUACAGCCAUGAAGGAGAGUGGCCGCCAGGACAUUGCUGAUGAGAUUGAAGCCAUCAUUGAGCUGGGACGGAAGAAAUACAGCGAGUCCAUCCGCCGGGUAGGCCUGGAGCAGGAGAGCAGCACUGAGGACUCUGCAAUAGCUAUGAUGUAGCACCUAGCAGAGAAAAAUGGGGUUUGUAUGGGACCCCUCUGUGUACCCAGAGUGACAGUGCCUGGGGGCUGCUCCCUUCUCAAGAGCCAGUGUCUUCCUGAGGAGCUGGGCAUUGAUUCUCUUGGGUCUGUACUCACAUACCACUUCUGCCAGUCCCAGGAAGUUUAGAGUGCAGUUAUGAACCGAUUUUCUACUUCUACUUCAUGACCUUGAGCUUUAGCUUUCAGAAAUGUGGAGAAAUUUAGAGACUGAAAUGUCUGUCUGUCAGCUGAGAAGUGGCUUAAGUAGUGUUUGAUGAAUUAAUACUCAUGUUACAUGUGUUCAUGUAUAACUUAUUCCUGAAACUGGAAACACUGCUGGAAGCACUGGGUGUGAUGUGGUGGGGACUGUUCAGCCAUUUCUGUUAAUGAUGUGUUCUGCUCACAUGAAAAUGUGAACCGUAUUCCUCAUGAAAAUGUUUUAUAUUUUUUUCAAAAUCUCUUCCAGUUUUCUUAAGUCCAAAAAAAACCUAAGUAUUUGUGGGGAAGAAAGAAGAAACUGAUUUCUAGAAAAACUGCUCUUUUUUUUUUGUUUUGCUCCAAAAGCUAUCAUGAAACAAAUAGCCUGCUGCACUUGCAAGCACAUUUUUAGAUAACACCUACAUACUGCUGAUCUUUGACAAAGUUCCAGUUAUAGUUCAUUAAAAAAAAAAAACAAACGUAAAAAUACAUGAACUGUUCUGGGAGAGACUCUGAUUUAAGGGAAAUUAAGCUUUCCAUUGCAGUUUCCAAAGGGUAGUCCUCACAUCCUCCCAGUGAAAUGUGACUGUGUAGUAGUGAAUGUGGGACCUCUCCUGAAGUUUGGUGAAAAGCAUGACUUAAAUUUGCAUUUUAAAAACUGGUCUGACCAGCUGUGAAAUAAGGCACUGUUGUGGGUUUGGCAGGAACCAUGCUGAGCUAACUUCUCGGUUUUUCAGCCUGAAUAUCUUGUAUAAGGCUGGAAGCAUUUACUGCUUUUUAGCUGCUCAGUGAUUUAUUACUGAGGUACCCUUCUCUUCUUGGUCCUCAUCUCAUAAUGGCCCUCAGUUAAUGACCCACUAAUGACAGUGGAAAAUCACAUGCAAGCUUUUUGAAAGAUUACUGUCUGAAUUUAAGUAAAUUCAAGUCUUUCAAGACAGGUUUGAAUUCAGCAUUACUCUCUAAACAUUACUUAAAUGGCUGUUCUUAGUGUGAAAAAACAAAAGUGUGUUUAAAUGUGCCAGGUUGCACCACCCAAAGUCAACGUGCAGUUGCAGGUUGGAUAAAUCCAGGCAUUUUCUUCUCCUUGUGAAGAAUCAUCAGUGGCUUCCCUGAUGCUGCUUCAGACCUACCAUCAGUAUUAUUGAAAGAGAGAUGUAAAAUCAUUCUGCUUUUUCUCUCAUUUCAGGCUGUUCUAACAUCUCAGGCUACAGAGUGCUGACUGUCCAGUCCAGAGCACUGGACAACAGUUUGCAGAUUUCAGUUGUAACUCUAGGCCUAGCCCAAGUCUCAUGUUAGGUUCAAGUCAGCAGUGCUCCUUUGAAUGUCCAUUUUCUCUUGUAUUCUGUGUCAUAUGUUAUUGUUUGUAAUUUUCAUGGAUACCAACAAGGUAUUUGUUCUUUACUCCAGUUUUGGAGAGAUGCAUUUGAGCAUAUUGCUCUUACUGGGAAUAAAAUCAGCACUUAACUGUUU